GUGCGCCUCUCUGUGUGCGCCCUUCUGUGCGCUCCUCUGUGUGCGCCCUUCUGUGCGCUCCUCUGUGUGCGCCCUUCUGUGCGCUCUGUGUGCGCGCUCCUGUGCGCUCCUGGCGUCAGCAGCGUGCCGCGCUUGUGCCGCGCUGGUGCCGUGUUUGGAGCUCCAGAGCGCAGCGCAAGGACACCGGGCGGACUGUUGUGACAUUUGGAUAACAGAGGUCUGUUUACGCCGCAGUGCCUCGGCCUUUCACCGAACAGCACCGGGACGUGGGGACGGCCGCGGGCAGCAGGAGUCCGACUGAUUUCUGAAGCAAAGACGCCUCGGAGCCUGCAGCGAGUGUGUGAGGAGCUCUGUGUGUGUGUGCACGUGUGUGUACGUGUGUGUGUGGAGCUGGGAUGGUCUAUGAGUGAGUGGUGGAGGCCCUGCUGCUGCUGCUGAAUGGCUGUAAACAGAGGGGGCGUGGCCUUCUGGAUCUCCUGUGUCCGCAGCAGGAGGCAGCCCGUGAGGAGCCAGCAUCGGAUCAUCCACAGGAGACUGAAUGAUAGAAGGCGUCUAUCGCUCUCUGACUCCUCUCGAUUAACAACCGGCGCAGAGCUCCACACCACAUGGAGUUAAGUGCAGCCGUCGCCCAAUCGCACUUUGCGGACACCCUGCUCCACGUGCUUGGGGUUCUCUCUCUCUUAAGUUUGCGGGUACCUGACCUGGUGCAGGACUGAUGCUGCCACAGAAAGAGCUGGAGAGAUGCAGUGGCAUUUGUUCCAAAACCAAAUGUCCCACGUACACACGCUAUAUCCACAUGACAACCAAGGUGGAUGGAGCCCUCCGCACCCACACGCCCCGCCCCCUGAGCAGUGCAUCAUGGGCCCUGGCUCCGCCCAACAGCCUCCGCUACCAGAACGCCACCCGCCCGCCCCUGUCUUACCCCGUCCCCCACGCCGGCCAAUCUCAACGCGCCGCCGGCUGCCAUGACGACGAGUGGGUGGAGUCGUUCAGCGUGGUCCUGGAGAUCCCCGUGCGCGACCGGAGCAAACACAAACCGUCCGCCCUGUCCUUCCCCCUGACUAUCGUGGACGGCAGCGGCGUGGAUGACAUCAGCGUGGGGGGGCGGAGUCAUAAGAACGCUGAGGCUCUGGUGAGGGAACACGGCUGCUUCAGGAGCCUGUUCGAAGCCGAGAAAUGCCCCGCCCCCUUCGUUUACGGAUCUCACUUUUACUGCUUCCACUGCCCCCCGGUGGAGGCGCUGGGCAGUGGGGAGCAGGUCUGUGGACUGGAGGAGCUGCCUCUGCUGCUGCUGCCGCCCUCCACCCUGUGCAGCCCGGCCCAGCGGCUACACGAGGCGCCCCCUGCAGGAGACAGUGAGGAGGAGCAGAAGUUGGCUCUGAUGUACGAGCGUCUCAGGAUAGAGCUUCCAGGUUUCUUUAAGAAGGACCACGACUACAGCAUGUACUCUCAAGACCUGGAGUUUAUCAAUGGGCUCUUGAAUACUAAAACAAGGGGGCGUGUCCUGUACCAGCUGAGUCUGACCUUUUGGCGGAUCCUGUGUCAUAUGUACUACGUGGACGCUCGUCUGGAGGUGCUGAAACUCACCAAACACCCGGAGGACGGCUCGGUGAAGGCUCGUUGGAGACUGCGCGGCGUCCCUGUACACAGCCUGCUGCUGCGCUUCUACCUCAAGGACAAGUCCCAGCUCAGCAGGUCCGUCGACGCUUUCUCCACGUUUUACAUCGGCCACGACGGACUCAUUCACUGUCACAAAGUAGAAAAGGUGAUGCCAGCCCGCGGGCCCGUCCUGCCCCGGGUCACGUCUCUGUUGGCGGGGGCUCUGGUGGCUCUGGGUUUACAGGAGCACCGGCCCGCUCUCAACCUACUGCCCCCCCUGCUGUCCUCCCUGCGCCACGACAGGAACUAAACCCUGCCCUACUCCUCUGAACUGUCAACCACACAAUCAACGAGCCCCAGUAUCCGUCUAUAACUCAUACCAGAUCUGCAUGGGAACUCAUCAGCGCAGCCGUAGACGCUCUGUGUAACUCUGUAGAACAUUAAAUCAUUUGUUAAUAUCGUGUACAUCGUAGAAAUGUACAGAGAAAGUACGAUGGUAAAGAGACUGUUUGUACAAGGGGCCUGUGUUUAAUAUAAAUAUAGUUCGAUCUGUUUCUCCAUUGGUGAUUAAAGAUGCACUGCGGAACUUUUAGUUGGUACGCUACCUCCUUGUCUCCAUGGAGAUGUUAUCGCUUUUCCUGGAAUGUGCCAAAGUAAUAAUAGCAUAAAUGUAUCUGUUUUAGAUUUAUUUUGUAUUAGGUUAGUUUAAGGAUCACUUCUUCAUCCCUAACGAAGUAAAAAUUGGUUUGUUAGUAACUGAGCUGUUAGUGUUUAUAAAGUCUUUAUUAAUGCUUAUUAUGGGAUUAGUUUAUGUACAAUAGACGCGUCAAGAAUCUCGGACUUACGGUCAUCGCGCAAUCCAUACUGGGAAGGAUUUUCCGAAAAAGUGAGCAUCAAACCGCCAUGUUUGUUUUCCCAGUGGGAUGUGUCUAUUGACAAAGCUGAUCUUUUCAAGUCUUUUGAACCAUAUCACUUUUGUUUCUGGUUCUGAUAUUGUCAUAUUUUAGUUUUGGGAUUCGGACAUUGUAAUUGUGUGGUUGUUGGAUCCUAACAGCGGAAAACGGCUCGAGAAAUUUG